UUGGACACAAGUGGGCUGCCCGGCUCAAUAUUCUUAAUCGAUUAAGUAGCUCUGCCCUUCAACGCUGGUUUCCACGCGCCUUUGAUGACCCCUCCGGUUCGCUUCAGUCUUCACCCCACCAUUCCGCAUUCCCCACCCAUAGAGCACAACGUUCACCGGCAACAUGCCUAAGCGCAUCAUUAACGCCUACGCCGCUUUCGACCCGUCGGGCGAGUGCAGACCCUGGCAGUACGAGCCUCGCCCCCUCGGCGCUGAAGACGUGGAGAUCAAGAUCUCGCAUUGCGGUAUCUGUGGCUCGUCGGCGUGGGGGCCAUGGUAUGGGCCUGCCGCAAUAGGGACCCCAACUCUCCUUGUGACGAGUGCGCCGACGGCUUCGACCCGUACUGCAAAGACGUCGUCAUGACCUACAACUCGCUUUACAAGGACGGUUCCAAGUCCUACGGCGGCUAUGCGGAUUUUGUGCGUGUAUCGAGCGACUACGCGUUCAAGAUUCCCGAAAACAUCCUGUCGGAAGAGGCAGCGCCACUGCUGUGCGCUGGUGUGACGGUAUUCGCUCCAUUGAGGCGCGAGGGCGUGACACCUGGAGAUCGCGUGGGGGUCAUCGGCAUUGGGGGUCUCGGUCACCUGGCGAUUCAGUUCAUCCGUGCAAUGGGAGGUGUCCCCGUCGCUUUCUCUCGCUCGCCUAACAAAGAGAAAGAGGUUCGCGCUCUUGGAGCUGAGGAAUUUUACAAUCUGAGCGACCCCGAGGACGCCAAGCGCGCGGUGAGGUCGGUGAAGAUGGUGGUGCUCACUGCUGAUGCCAACAACAUGCCGUACGACACGUACCUCAAGCUUCUUCGUCCACGCGGCACGUUGAUCAUGGUGGGUCUGCCUAACGACAAGCUCAUUUGCAGUCCGGGCAGCUUCGUGAGAGAUGGCAAACGCCUGGUUGGAAGCAAAAUAGGAAGUCCUCUAGAUGUGAAGGAAAUGCUGGAGCUAGCCUCAAAGGGAAACGUCCGCCCCAUUAUCCAGAAGCUACCGAUGGAGCGAGUUAACGACGGUCUUGCCAUGGUGCGUUCCGGUAAAAUGCGCUACCGUGUUGUCCUCGAAAACCCUACAUCUACGAAUGCUCCAUCAAAUUUGUGAGGACAAACUGCGCGAAUACAAAUCAAGCGAUUCAAUGAUCAGUG